UGUUUGGCUCAAAAUAAUUAAUCAUUCAAAAAUAGCAUAGUGGUUUUAUUCUACGUAAGGUUUGGUUCAAAAGGAUGGGCUAAAGUGUGAAUAACGAUGCCAUUUUUGUUAGGUUAACCAUACUUGUUAACACUUAUAUUAGCUGCAUGUGUGUGACUUCUCUUUAAACAGUACUGAUAUCUAAUAUCUUGUCCGUAUGUCUGUGUCCUAAUAUCUUGUCCGUAUGUCUGUGUCCCUAUUUGCAUGGACAUAGUAUGCAAUGUUGAAUACAUACACUUAACUCGAAAAUAACAUUUAAAUGUCAAUUACUAAUGUGGAGUAUAGACAUUGUUUUGUAUGUAUAAUUCUAAUGUAGAUGUCACAUCCCAUAUGACAAAACCGUCCCCUUUUAAAUAGUUUUGAUGGAGUAGUUGAACAAAUUGACGUAUAAUUCUAGUGUAUUUGUAUUAGAAUUUUAAUAGAAAAAUCGGUAGAUACUAUAUUAGUCCAAUUAGUUUUCCAAUUAUAAUCCAAGCAUACAUUGUUGAUUUGCUAUAACAAAAUGUGUAUGAAUAAAAUUUAUAUUUAUAUAUUUUACAUAGUUUAUAAAACAUACAAUGGUGGUUUUUACACAUUGUUGACUAAAAAAACAACAACAAAUCUUGCACCUUUUUGACUAUUCAGUAUCUCCAUUAAGUGGAAGGUAGCUCACUUUCUUCGAGUCAGAGAUUUGACCAUUAGCUUUCUUCAUCAAAAUUCUCGAGGAUCUGUGUCUCUUAAUGAGCUUUUGGGUUUAGAAGAAGAAGAUGGAUCUAUCUUCUCAACGACAAUCCUCAAAUGGGUCAAGAGGUUUUCGCCUUCAAGCUCCAUUGGUGGACUCUGUUUCUUGCUACUGCAGAGUAGAUUCAAGUCUCAGAACCGUUGUAGAAGCAAGAAAGUUCGUUCCUGGCUCAAAACUCUGUAUCCAACCCAACAUCAACCCCAACGCUCAUCGUCCUAGCAAGAACUCUAAUAGAGAGAGAACAAGAAUCCAACCCCCGCUUCUCCCUGGCCUCCCAGACGACCUAGCCGUCGCUUGCCUCAUCCGCGUCCCACGUGCGGACCACAGAAAACUCAGACUCGUCUGCAAGAGCUGGCACAGGCUUGCCUCUGGGAACUUCUUCUACUCGGAGAGGAAGUUACUUGGGAGGUCUGAAGAAUGGGUUCACGUUUUCAAAAAGGACCGUGACGGGAAGAUCUCUUGGAACGCGUUUGAUCCCGUCACUCACCUUCCUCAGCCGCUUCCGCCUCUUCCUAGAGAGUACUCUGAAGCUGUUGGGUUUGGUUGUGCUGUUUUGAGCGGGUGUCGUCUUUACUUAUUUGGUGGUAAAGAUCCGCUUAGAGGAUCAAUGAGGAGAGUUGUUUUCUAUAACGCUAGAACAAACAAGUGGCAUAGGGGACCUGACAUGCUUAGGAAGAGACACUUCUUUGGUUGUUGUGUUAUAAACAACUGCUUGUAUGUAGCGGGUGGGGAGUGCGAAGGGAUUCAGAGGAGGCUACGGUCAGCUGAGGUUUAUGAUCCGAACAAGAACAGGUGGAGUUUCGUUGCUGAUAUGGGGGCAUCAAUGGUGCCUCUUCUCGGUGUGGUUUAUGAUAAUAAGUGGUUUCUUAAAGGUCUUGGGUCUCAGCAACAGGUCAUAUGUGAAGCUUAUGACCCUGAAGCUAACUCGUGGAGUUUGGUUAGUGAUGGGAUGGUUACUGGUUGGAGAGACCCGUGUGCUUGCCUAGACGGUCGUCUUUACGGGUUGGAUUGUAGGGACGGGUGUAAACUCAGGGUGUUUGAUAAAUCUACGGAUUCUUGGAACAAGUUUAUGGAUAGUAAAGUUCACUUGGGGAACUCGUGGGCUUUUGAAGCUGCGGCUCUUGUUACGCUGAACAAUAAGCUUUGUAUAGUCAGGAACAAUAUGAGCAUGAGUCUGGUUGAUGUAACGAAUCCUGAUAAGAAUAGUCCUAGGCUAUGGGAGAACAUUGCGGUCAAAGGACAGUCCAAGAGCAUUAUUAGUAAUAUAUGGUCGAGUAUAGCGGGAAGAGCUGUGAAAACUCAUAUUGUGCAUUGCCAAGUGCUUCAAGCGUGACAAAUAAAACUCAACAGAAUGUUGAGGAUUCCAAGAAGAGAAGAAACUUUUGUUAACUGGCUCAAGAAAUGUUUCAGAUAAAGAGAAUCUUCUUCACUGUUAUCAUUGACCAAAUGAAUCUACAGAGGCUUCAGAACUUAUGUCUGGUCGAAACAGUCAUACAAGAGUAAGAAGAAUAAAUCUCUCUCACCGUUAUCAUAUGUUAGUUCAUGAUACAACAAUGCAUUAAAAUAAUAUUGUCAGAUUUUUUUAAUUCAGUUUUUAGGUAAAUUCUCUAUAUAUUGAAGUCUAUAAUCUUUAAUGUUAUUUUAAAAAUUUUAACCACAUUCUACAUUUUUGUUAAUGUA